GAGCACAGUUAUGGACUCGGUACCGGAAUUGUGUUUACACGUACAGGAUUCUGCCCAAUGAAGAUGAUAAAUUCACUGUCCAGGCAUCCGAAGGUGUCCCCAUGAAGUUCUUCACCAAGCUGGACCAGCUCAUCGAGUUCUACAAGAAAGAAAACAUGGGUCUGGUGACCCACCUGCAGUAUCCUGUGCCCCUGGAGGAGGAGGAUGCAGGUGAUGAGCCAGAGGAUGAGACAGAAGGUGUCCUGUCUCCACCCGAGCUGCCACCGAGGAACAUCCCUGUAUCUGCCGGGCCAUGUGAGGCCAAGGAGGUCCCUCUGUCGAGCGAGAAUCCGAGAGCCACCGAGGUCAGCAGGCCAAGCCUUUCGGAGACGUUGUUUCAGCGGCUGCAGACCAUGGACACUAGUGGGUGA